CGCUUGUCGUGCUAGCUAUGGCCACUUAAGCUUCGCUAGCGAGUUUAUUUUUGUAACCCCAAAAUACGUGUGUCUUAUCAGAGAAAGUUACCGUGGUAAUGAAAUGAGAGAUAACCUCUGACAAAGUUACUGACAAAAGCAACACUUCAGUCACUGCAGAGGGACCACAAUGGCAAGUGAUGUAUGCAGCCAUGUCAAGGUGGUUGUUCGGGUUAGGCCAACCAGCGACAGUGAGAAGCGUGAAAACUGUCGAAAUGUGGUGCAGGUUGUUGAUAACCACAUGCUCAUAUUUGAUCCCAAGGAAGAGGACGUAUCAUGUUUUGGGUCACAAAGAGUACGGAACAGAAACAUCAACAAGAGGGCUAACAAAGACCUUAAGUUUGUUUUUGACCAUGUCUUCAGCGAGAACUCUACUCAAGUUGACAUCUUUGAGAACACCACUAAAGGAGUGCUGGAUGGUGUGAUGAAUGGAUUUAACUGCACAGUGUUUGCGUACGGUGCUACUGGAGCAGGCAAGACGCAUACCAUGUUAGGCUCACAAAAUGAGCCUGGGGUCAUGUACCGCACCAUGGAAGAGCUGUUCAAACGCAUGGAUGAUGCCAAGGAGGAGAAAGAGUUUGCUGUUGCAUUCUCAUAUCUUGAGGUUUACAAUGAACAGAUCAGAGACUUGUUGGCUAAUGCAGGGCCUCUAGCAGUCAGAGAGGACAGUUCUAAAGGAGUGGUUGUUCAGGGCCUCUCACUGCAUCAGCCCAAAUCUGCAGAGCACAUUCUUGAAGCUUUGGAUUGUGGCAAUCGCAACAGGACACAGCAUCCCACUGAUAUGAAUGCCACUUCUUCCCGGUCCCAUGCUGUAUUUCAGAUAUAUUUGAGGCAGCAGGACAAAACCGCCAGCCUCAAUCCUAAUGCCUGUGUUGCCAAAAUGAGCCUGAUUGAUCUGGCAGGUUCUGAGAGAGCCAGCGCCACCAACGCCAAAGGGGCACGUUUGCGGGAAGGGGCGAACAUCAACCGUUCGCUCCUUGCAUUAGGAAAUGUUAUCAAUGCGCUUGCUGACCCAAAGAGUAAGAAAACUCAUAUACCGUACAGGGACAGCAAGCUGACACGACUUCUCAAAGACUCUUUGGGCGGCAACUGCAGGACGGUUAUGAUUGCCAAUGUUAGCCCCUCAUCCAAGUCAUAUGAUGACACCCACAACACACUUAAGUAUGCCAACAGGGCAAAGGAGAUUAAGUCCUCGCUGAAGAGUAAUGUUGUAAGCCUGGACAGUCACAUAGGCCAAUAUGCAGUGAUAUGUGAGAAGCAACGGCAAGAGAUUCUACAGUUGAAGCAGAAACUAAAAGAAUAUGAGGAGAAGAACAUGGUGCCUGGGCCUUUUAACAUGAUCCCUUCCCAGAAACAAGAAGAGUUCAAAAGGGUGUCAGAAGCUCUGCAGCGAAUCUUCUCGGGCCGGGCCCAAAUCAGGAAAAAACAGCUGGAUCUGGAGAGACAACUGAAGGAGAAUGAGCUGCGCCAGCGCUACAGUGAGGAGGACAACCUGCAGGUCCAACAUUUCUGUGCCAAAGAAAAGACUGAGAAGGCCACUUGCAAGCACGAGCGGAAGAUUGCCAGCUUACGCACUCAGCAGCAACACAUUUACAAUCGUUUGAAGGAGGCAGAAACACUUUUCCUGGACAAUGAUGGCUGGCUUCAUCGUGUCGAGAAUGAUAUUAAGCUCUUGAAGUCGAAUGAUCAGACCACAGAGGUGUUAGAGAAGAGUCUACAUUGCCACAGACUGGAGCUGCAGGUACAUGAUCUCAAACAACACAUAAAGCAGAUGGUCGAGCUCACUGCACUGCAGGAUCAGGAGAACAAGCGCAUGCAGAAAAUGGUUAACAUUUUAUUGCCGGCUUAUAGUCGCCACUACUCUGCUUUGCGUGGGGCUGGCCUGGUCACAGCAGCAGAUGAGAUGGAGAACCAUGAACUAGAGCACCUUGUGUUGAGGGAAAGAGGCGUGGUCUGGGCAGACCAGGAAGCGGUGGGGCAGCAACUGAAAGGUGAAGGGAUUGGAGAGGAAUCAAAUGAGGCGGGAAGAGUUGGGCUCCGCAGCGAGUUGGCACCUGUCUUGUCUUUCUCACAUCUCCUGUACCACCAGAGUAGCCCCUGCAGUGCCGAGGGGCGCACAACAAGAACAUUAUCGUGCAAUGCUGCUCCAUCACAAAAAGGUAGAGAAAAAACAGAUAUGAAACAGGAACCACCUCCCAGAAUGCCCAUCAGGAGAAAUCUGUCUGCGUCACUGCCACCACAAAGCCCCCGGACCGUUGCCAAGGCCCAAGUAUUUGAGGAGGGCGUGUUCCCAAUCCAGUGCACACCAGAACUUGCUCAAAAUAAUGUUCAGGCCCUGGUUCUGAGCUCCUCCAGUGCCAUGGAUCCUAAUAUGACCUUUGAAAUUCUGGACAAUGAUGAUCAAACUGCAAGUAAUGCAACCAUCAUAAUAAGCAGUGAUAGUCCUUGUAAAGAAUCAAAGUCAACAGACUUCUCAGGUCCCAGCCGACUACUCCAUCCUCCCAAGGCCAAUGAGGGGAACCAGAUUCCCACCAAAAGACAACAGAUCCCAUCUUUACAAGACGUGAGACGAGCCAACCCAACUUACAUGGACAUGACAUCUGCUGCACAAGGAAAGCGUAAAUUUAACCGCAUCAGAGAAGAGUUAACACAGAGUCUCUCUGCACCGAAGCGUAUAAAGAAAGACCCCUCAGUGACCCGGAGACCACUCAGAGUUCAUCGUUUUGUCGGUUCAGAGGAGAACAAGCCUCGAAGAGUUGUGAGGAGUGUUUCUGAAGGAAAUCUCAGCCAGCUUGAACCUCAGAAAUCCAAGUCCUUUUUCCAGAAAACAUCCCAACAGUUCAAACGAGUGACCAAACGGAUGUAAAUCAACAUUGUGUACAAAUCAGGCCAUGUUGCCUUAUGAACAUUCUGAACAUUUUAAGUCUCCACUCUUUUUUCUUCGUAUUCAUCUUUUCACAACAUUCCCUCAAAACCGAAAAAAGCGGUCCAUUGUGUUUCCCCCACCAAUUCUAAGGUAGCUAGAAAAAUGCAAUGUAUGUUUUAUUGCUUUAUGCUCUUCAAUUUAGGCUUACACUGCAGUGAAACUUACUGUAUAUAAACAUUUUGUAGUUGUUCUGUUUGGAUUAUUCUUUUCAUAGUUGAUGGACUUGUUGGUUUUUAAGCCUCCCUUUUAGAUUUGAAGAUAUAUUUUAAAACUCAUGUACACACUAAAAGCAACAAAUAUAACAUGUCCUGUGGAUGUUCCUUGCUUUACGUACAUGAUAUACUUUGCACUGUUCUCUGAAACUGAUUGGUCUAGGUGACCAUAUUUCCCAGUGCAACUAAUAGGGGAAAACUAUACAUGACCUCAAACAGAAGAAUGGCUGUUUAAAAAAUAAAACUGAAACUUCUCCACACUGAGCUGUUUAUAAUUUUAUUUUUAAUUCUAUUUUUCCUUCUUGUACAGAUAAUUAAAUGGAGAUAUAGAUAUUUCAUAAUAAAACUGCUUGUAACAGAA